AUGUCCGGCAUCGUACGAUCUUCUCCCGGUCCUACUCAUCCACGUCCGCCGCCGCCGCAACAUCCGCCGUCAUCUCCGGCUCCGGCAGCAUCUACGACGGUUGUACCACCCUUACGUCGUCACUUAGCGUUCGCCUCAACAAAACCUCCGUUUCAUCCUUCCGAUGACUACCAUCGAUUUACCCAGUCUUCCUUUAGUCAUAAUGAUAAUAGCAGCCUCGUUAAUGGCUCUGGAGUUGUAGAUCGGGACGAGGAUACCGUCGUUGUUAGAUCUCCUUCACGGAAGAGAAAGUCGUCAAUGGAUGCGGCUCCAUCUCAUAACGGAUUCACGAGUUCUGGUUUCAGUAGCAUACCCAGCAGUCCUUAUCAAAGUCCUGUUUCAGCGAAAGGAGGCAGAGUCAACAUCAAGUCAAAGGCCAAAGGAACUAAGUCAACUCCCCAUACACCCAUCUCAAAUGCUGAUUCUCCUGCCACACUUACACCUUCUGGAAGUUGCCGUUAUGACAGUUCUUUAGGUCUCCUUACAAAAAAGUUUGUCAAUCUAAUUAAACAAGCGAAAGAUGGAAUGUUGGACCUAAACGAAGCUGCAGUAACAUUGAGUGUGCAGAAACGGCGUAUAUAUGAUAUUACAAACGUUUUGGAGGGGAUAGAUCUCAUCGAAAAGCCUUUCAAGAAUCGAAUACUUUGGAAGGGAGUUGAGUCUUUGAGGCCUGGCGAUAUGGAUGCUGACGUGUCUGCAUUACAGGCAGAAAUUGAAAACCUUGCCCUCAAGGAGCAUGCGUUAGAUAAUCAAAUCAGGGAAAUGGAGGAAAGAUUAAGAGAUCUUAGCGAAAAUGAAAAGAAUCAGAAAUGGCUUUUUGUAACUGAAGAGGAUAUCAAGAGUUUACCGGGUUUCCAGAACCAGACUCUUAUAGCCGUCAAAGCUCCUCAUGGCACAACUUUGGAAGUGCCUGAUCCAGAUGAAGCGGCUGACCACCCACAAAGGAGAUACAGGAUCAUUCUUAGAAGUACAAUGGGACCUAUUGACGUAUACCUCGUCAGCGAAUUUGAAGGGAAGUUUGAAGACACAAAUGGAAGUGCUCCACCUGCAAGCUUACCUAUUGCUUCUUGCUCAGGAUCUACAGAAAAUCAUGACAUCGAAGCCUUAACUAUUGAUAACACAGAAACUGCUAUGGAGCAUCAGGUCUCUCAUGAUCAUGCUCAUCCUCAACCCGGCGAUACCUCUGAUCUUAAUUAUUUGCAAGAGCAAGUAGGAGGGAUGCUUAAGAUUACUCCCUCUGAUGCCGAAAACGAUGAUACGGACUACUGGCUUCUCUCGAAUGGUGAAAUUAGUAUGACGGAUAUUUGGAAAUCUGACUUUGUUCAAUGCAUUUGCAUAAAAAAGCAAUCCUUAACUCAUGCAAAAGCUGGUAUCGAUUGGGACUAUGGAAUAGCCGAUGUGAGUACUCCACCACCAGAAAUGGGUGAAAUAGUGCCAAACACAGUUGACUCAACCCCGAGAUGA